GUUCCCAUUCGAGGCCGUGCAAUUUCUGUCAUACCGAAUCAGCUGGAAUUCGAACGUCGAAGGAAUUUAUCAGCUGGAUUGACAGAUUUUCAUGCAUUCCGGUUCAUGAGGUUAUCGGGGGAUGACGACUGCAUGAUAGCCCAGAUUACGAAUAGUCGUUCGUGAAAACUUGCCGAUAACGUGAUUUUGCCAAAUAUGAAUAGCAUUCAUUAAAUACAUUAAUUCACCCAAGGACUGUGUUAAACACUCGAGUGGAAUUAUUGAUAAAAGAGAAAAACGGCGUGCGUUGCAUUUAGGACACGUUAGUGCUUUAAGUCCUUGCAAAAAAUGAAAAGAUUGCUUACGUGUCAUGAUGCAUACAGAAAUCAAUUUUCAUUUCCGCUAGCAGAAAUAAAGUGCAGUGUAACCAAUAAAAAAACCCGGUUCAUUUUCAUCGCGAAGCGGGGAAAAUUUUGUGUGGCCAUACGCGAUCAUCGACAGUUGGGUUGCAGUUGAAUGAAAACAGAAGCUCACAAAUUAUGCAGCAAGAUUAAUAGUAUCCGCUGCUGUCAUCGGGAGGCGGUGAAAAGUUGAAAAGCGUUCAGCUACGGAAAUAUGAAAUGCAAAAAAAAUAACCGCUGUUGUUAUUGAGAGCAAAAGUGAAUUACUGUUCUUCAUGAUUUAUCAGUGUGUGUUGUUCAAAAAUAUUGGUUCCGAAUGAAAUAUGUAUAGUAGCCCUGAAAAGGACCGUUUGUCGUAUGUACUCACAACCUUCAAACGGUUUGUAACGAACAAAGAAAGACAAUAAGCUUCUGGCAGGAAGUUCAACUAUCUAACUGAAAACGAUUAAUGAAUAUCAGUGGGACACAUAACAGGGUGGAAUGGUAGAUGAAGUAUUUGUGAAUCGUCAUUGAUUACAUUGAUUAUAAAUGUAUGGGGAAGAAACGAAAAAACUAGUUGAAAAUUCUCAUUAUUUCGUGAUAUUUUGAGUUUAACAAGAGUAUGAUCGAGAGCACGAUUGAAAGCCGGAAAUCUGACGUAUAUCAAAAACAAUCUGGCGAAUGCUGAGAAAAUGUUAACGCCGAUCGAGCACACACAUCCAAAAACCAAGAUUUAUGUAACAAGGAAAAUCCACCAUGUUUUCUUUAGGUCGAUUCAUUCAUUGAAAUAAACCGAUCAGUCGAAUCGAAGAAAAUCAGUGUCAGUGAGCGCGUGCGGCGAGCGUUUAGUCCAGUCGUUCCGCUCGAAUGGAACGUGAUGCUUCGUGGGUGGUAAACCGACGUGAGAAACGGGAUACCGAUGGUGAUAGUGCUGGCGAUGUGAAUCUUAGUGAUAUUUUCAUCGACAAUCAUGUUCUGAGUUAGAACCAGCAACCGGUAAAUGGAUGCGAAGAAAAAUAAAUUAAUUCGAUACAGUGCGUUGAGGUGAAAAAAGCAGAGUCAGAGUGCUCCAAAAGCAUUUGAAACAAACGUGAUUAUUGAUGUGGAGUUUGAGGGGAAAUAAUAAUAAACAGUUAUUAUUAGAAAAGUGGUGGCCGAUGAAGUGGAUGCUGACUGGGGCAGAGAAAAGAAUAUAUUCUUGGUACAAUGAUUUGCGAUAUUACUGAGGUGAAUCCAGAGGAAUCCGUCGAUUCGUCUCAACGAAUGCAGGGAUAUAUUGCUCUGAUGGGUGGCUAUUUAACACCGGAACAAGUGGCGGGUGUUUGCUAUUUAAAUUUCUAUGGACUGAUCGUGAAUACGUUAGCCUUGGUUGGAUUGGCCGUAGCGCUGGUUUACGUUAGUUGGAAAUAUGAAUGGAAGCGUUAUAAUCUGUUGGCUUUGCAUAAUUUGCGGUUCUCGCUCGUCUUGGCAUCAAUUCUCGUCAGCAUCUGUGAGGUGGCCCAGUAUGCUAUGAUCGUACAUCAACUGGCACAAAUUGGACAUCAAGAGUUCAACCGAGAACAGACUUAUCCUGAUGAGACACCACGAUUAGCAGAACUGGAGAGAAGAGAGAAAGGACCCUCAGACGAUGACGAUGUGCCAAUGGUGACGGCAGUGUUCGGAUUGUGCUCCGUUUGCUUAGGAUUAAUUUCCAUCCUUGUGGCAGCAGCGUUUGUCCGGGUGGUUGAAUUGAGAGAUGAAUUCGGACUAUUAUACAUCGUCAUGACGAUUCAGGGAGCUCAAUCUGUAGCGAAGUGGUGCAAAUAUGAAUACGUCAAUGGUGCGGUGGACACUGUGGUGACACUCCCGACCUCGUUAGCCUUCGGAUCUGCCUUGACACUGGUAACAACGGCGGUCAUCGAUGGAAUCACCGUUCACAUAGAGACGUCUUCGUCCAGGAGGCACAACAUCCCACCGGUUUCGAAGGGCGGCACAGGAUAUAAGUCCUCAUCAUCGCCAUUUUUAUCCCGCAUUACGUUCUGGUGGAUUGCGCCGUUACUCUGGCGAGGUUAUGUGGAGCCUUUGGAACUGGACAACCUUGGAACGCUCCCGGAAACCGAAACCAGCCGUUAUCACUACGAUCAGUUCUUGUCCAUCUACCAGAGCUACAAAAACUCGACAUCGCUCUGGGGCUGCUAUGUGCUCAACUGUUGGCGGAUGUUCCUCGCUGGGGGAGUGUUUAAGCUGUUGGGAGACCUCUGCGGUCUGGUCGGGCCACUCUGCAUUUCCAAUAUUGUCGAUUAUAUCGCAAAACCCGUGACAUCUUCAUCACCGUCAGCGGCAAUAUUGGCUGCCAGCGUAAUUCCACCGGAUGACAUUGCACCAUCGGAGUACAAUCUUCAGAAUCAAUCGCUGGUGAUCCGCGAAAGUGAUGAGAAAAUUCGACUGGCCCCGUUGACCUGGGCGGAACUGUUGGCCAACGGGUGGUUCGUUGCCCUGGUGGUGUUAGUAUUCUCGCUGGCACAGGGCACCUUUUCCCAGGCCAGCACCCAUCUGAUGGAUAUGGAGGGGACCAGGCUUAAAAACGCCCUGCAGGGAUUGGUCUACAGGAAGACAUUGUUGCUUAGUGCAAGCUGCUUCUACCCCACCACAGCUAUACGAACGGAACAGAAACAGAGUGGCCCGGAUUGUUCCAAUAGUAAAUGCGCGGGUUCCGGGAAUAAUGAGUUUGCCGUCAAAAACAACCAAGACAGAAACAGCACCGAAAAUCGCAAAGACAUCAACAUCGGUUACGGUGACCGCGCCAGUACCAGGGACAACCCGGGUAGCCAACACGCCAACACGGAACUGGGAACAGAUGUCUGUAGCGUACUGAAAUCGGAAGCGAGCGAACCGCUGGCAGUGGUAUGUUCGAAGGAAGAGAUAAAACAUAAAGUAGCUGCUAUCGUUCCCGAUGAUCAGCAACAGUUUGACAAGGGCACUGCCGCAACGAAACAUAGCAAUAACAACAACAACAACGACAAUGGCCUUCCUGUGCUGCGAGGAGUGCGAAAGGAAGCAACCAUUGACGGUGCAACGGUAGCAACCGAAAUCGAACAGGGAAACAGGAACGCGGGUAGCCGCGUUGAAGAGGAUCAUAAGGGUGGUAAUGGUGAUACGGCUGCUGUUGGUGUCUCUGCCGCUGCCGAUGCAGGUACCAUUACAAAUUUAAUGUCAGACGAUGCUUUUAACGUGAUGUCGUUUGUGAAGAUUGCGCAUUACGUGUGGGCGAUUCCUUUAAAGAUCGGUGUGGUAAUGUAUCUGCUCUAUCAGCUGCUGGGUGUCAGCGCCGUAAUAGGAUCGGUCGUUUGUAUCGUGACGAUGACGCCCUUGCAGUUUCUCAUUGGGAAGAUGAUGUCGGAAAACUCGAAGAAGGCGUCGGAAUGCACCGACGAGCGUCUCCGGCGGAUCAAUGAGGUAUUGCUGGGCAUAAAAUUAAUUAAACUCAGCGCCUGGGAGGGCGUCUUCCGGGAGAAAAUUUCGCACGCCCGCCGGCGGGAACUCAAGCAUCUCGAUCUGGAUUCGUGCUACUGGACGUUAAUGAUGCUCUUGACACACAUCUCCUCGGUGCUGAUAACAUUCGUGACGGUAGCUGUCUUUACCCACCUGGAGGAGGAACUGAGCGCAACCGGUGAGCUUCCUCGGGAGGAGCCGGGCAAACGAAUCCAGUUCACCGCCGCCCGUUUGUUUGCCUCGUUGGCACUGUUUAAUCAACUGACGGUGCCACUGUUUGUCUUUCCUAUCACGAUUCCGAUUAUCCUAUCGGCGGCGGUGAGCACGACAAGAUUGGAAACAUUCCUUCGGAGGCCGGAAGUGGCCGGAAGAGAUUGUCACUCGGCGACCGGCAGCCGAGCUGCUGCGUGGGAUUUGUCCAAAAGUGACGCAUCGUUAGACGUGUACGAUGAGAAUGAGCCGGAAAAUGGCGUCCAGCGGCAGCAGCAAGAUGGGGCCCAACGUGAGGAAAAUGCCACCCUGCGGUCUGGAAGUUCCGAUCCGCUUGUCGAAGGAGCAAAGCCCGAUAUUGGUCCUGCGGCAAGCGCUAAGGUAGGUGAUAAUUUAUGCUGCGAACCAUCGGAGCGGCAAAGUGAAAAUGAACAGCGCCAGGAAGUGGGGACGAAAGUAGACGACAUUGUGGCUGCUGCGACCGCCGCAAACUGUGGCUCCCUUUCACUGUGUCGGGAUGACAGCGCCUACGAGAAAGACUGCUGCUGCCGCUGUGGGGACCAGAAAUGUACACCAUUCGGUAACUCGGAAAAGUACCACAGAACGGAUUCCGUGCUGGAGCUGGGAAGAGACACUGAUCCUCCGCCGGGUAAGGGGUGCGCUCGAUUGAAGAAGAAUCGCCCACGGCGGAAAUCACACGAAGCAGUGGCGGCUACUAAUGAGUUGCGAUUGAGGGUGGCAGGGAGUAGUGACAACAAUGAUGAGCCUCUUGCGGUUUUCAUUGGAGAUGGCUGCUUCCAGUGGGGUUGCGUGAGCACUGGGAAGGAUACACAUUCGGUGGAGUUGAAUUCCCGGACAGCAGGACUUGUUCUACGCAUAGAACAACUAUCCAUUCCGAAGGGGAAAUUGACGGUAAUUGUUGGGCGUAGUGGAAGUGGUAAAUCAUCGCUACUGGCAGCUUUAUUGAAGGAAAUAAAUCAUCUGUCCGGCGACGUGAUAUGGAGCAAAUAUUCAACAAUUGCCUAUGUCCCUCAGCGGCCCUGGCUGCUGAAUGCCAAUGUGCGAGACAACAUCCUGUUCGGUGAGCCGUACCGGCCUAAACGCUACGAACGGGUGCUGAAAGCCUGUGCACUCAAGCCCGAUAUCGAGCUGAUGCCGGACGGCGAUAUGAGCGAGAUUGGCGAACGGGGAAUUAAGCUGUCCGGAGGUCAACGCCAGCGGAUCGUGAUUGCCCGGGCGCUCUACUCAGCGGCCAACGUUGUGAUUAUGGAUGAUCCACUUUCGUCGCUGGAUAACGAGGUCGGGAAGUUUGUUUUCGACAACGGCAUUCGACGGAUGCUGACGCGACAGAAGAGGACAAUCAUCAUGGUUACCCAGGAUCUGCAGCUCGUGUUCAGAGCUGAUAAUAUAAUUGUAAUGGAGGGUUUCGCCGUUUGUGCAACAGGUACGCUAUCGGCAAUUGAAAACAAUCACCCGGAAAAGGUGCGCCAAUGGAAGACAAUUAUCACCAGAGAGCAGCAAUCGAAUGAGACACAAUUAAGUCCUGGAAAAACCGCCCGUGAGCGAUGGAAGUUGUUUAGGAAUGUUUCGAGAAUAAGUUUGCAGCGAAUGAAUGUGGCGGAGGAUUACUACAUGCAGCCUCGCAGCGCCCUCUUGUAUGGUGCUUCAUCGGCACUAAAGGGCAAUCCUAGCUUAUUUGGAUCACGUUUCCACACACACGAUUUUCCACUUCCCAUCGAUGACUGCCACGGCGAGAACGUCCAAUUGCGACGGCACUACUCGAAAAGGUAUCGCAACGACAGCAGGGCGGUUCGGGGCCAUAGCGAUGGAGUUGUCCCUUCUGGAAGAAAGCUGGCCGACGAGCCACCGCCAUCUGGCGCUCAUGGAAAUGUAGGUGCCUACCGAACGCAGUCUCUCCAAGCGAAACGUGUUUCGAAGAACGCCAACGAAUCCGAUGGACGUUUACUACCCGUAACCGGCCGGCACACCUCAUCAUCCUCCACCGAGCUCAAUAGCCAAACAGCCGAAAAUCGGUUGCCACUGGCUACCUACGAGGGGGAGAACAACAGAAGAUAUCGUUUCUCCGACACAUGCAGGGAAUUCAACAAAAUCGGCUUCCGACAGUUUCUUCGCAGGAUGAGCUCCCGAAAGCGUCGGCUGCGGAGUUAUUCGAAUCCAACGGAUUUGAGGAUGGCCCUACACGGCCAGAGGCGCGCCAAAGCUGGCGAGGAUAGUUUCACGAAAAGCGUCGCUGACGAAGAGCAGCUCAGACAUACGGAGAGUCAUAUCAAGAAGCAGCAUUCAGCGCGUAGGCUACUAUCGAAUGUAUCGCGUUACAGCGAGGAGACUGAAGAGGAAUCGUACGAAGACUUUAGCGGCGGAGACGUCUCCAACCGACUAAUAUAUGACGAAGAGCGCAAAUAUGGCAAGAUUCCAGCUCGGAUAUACUGGCUGUAUUUGAAGUCGUGUGGCCCGAACACGGUUACCAUAUUCUUCACCAGUGCCCUCGCCCAGCAAGGACUUCGAGUGUACACCGACUUUUGGCUGCAAAAUUGGACCGAACGAACGCAGCAGAACAUCGAUGGGGUUGAUUCAGCUGACAUCACAUACAACUUCCGAGUGUACGCACUGCUAUCUGGCGUGUGCAUCCUGAUGGCAGCAAUUUCUUUCCCGACCGGCCAGCUGGCCGGCAGCAACGCUCGAAGACGGCUCCAUCGGUUGCUGAUGGUGGCGGUGUUGAAAAAUACGCUUCAUUUCUUCCAAACGAUCCCCCUCGGUCGGAUCAUGAAUAGGCUUAGCAUAGACAUCGCGGUGGUGGACAAGAAAAUCGCUGCAACAAGUCAGAAGCUGCUGCAAUUCAUCCUGCUAUGUCUUUGUGCAGUGCUCAUAAAUAGUGUUGUAACGCCGUAUUUUAUCCUGUUAACAAUACCUAUUUGUGGCGUUUACUACAUCGUGCAGAAGUUUUACAGGUGCUCCUCGAGGGAACUUCAACGCAUCGAAAGUAUCACUUACACACCCAUUAUCGCUCACUUCUCGGAAACAAUUGAUGGCGUUACUACGAUCCGUGCUUACCAGCAGGAGUCUCGCUUCACUGAAUUGCUCUUCCGGCGGAUGGAAGCGAACAAUGUUGCGCAGGUAAUUCUGAACUGUAGCAAUCGGUGGUUGGGCAUCGCCCUGGACUAUCUCGGGGCGGUCAUAGUUUUUGUGGCCAUUCUGAGCGCACUGAUUACCGCCAGGCUGAAUCCGGGUACAAUCAGUUCUUCAUUGAUUGGUCUCGCCAUUAACUACGCGCUGCUGGUUCCCAUCUAUCUCAACUGGGUUGUGAAGCUGACGGCGGAAAUGGAAAUGUAUGUCGGGGCCGUGGAAAGAAUUCAACUCUACAUCGACAGCAGCCAACAGCGGAUCAGAGAGAGGAGCAAAAUAAAGUACAAAGUUGUUCCAAUAUCCUGGCCCCAGAAAGGGGACAUCGUGUUCGAGAACGUCUCGCUCCGGUACGAGGGCCAAGAGGAGAAUGUAAUCACAAAUUUGAAUUUGAAUAUACCAACUGGACAGAGGAUUGGUAUAUGUGGUCGAACUGGAAGCGGUAAAUCGUCGCUAGCGUUGGCGCUGUUCGGAGCGCUGGAGCUGACCGGAGGGCGGAUAUUGAUCGAUGACGUGGACAUCGGUUCCGUUCAUACCGACGAGCUGCGAUGCCGACUCUCUAUCAUCCCCCAGGAAGUUAUGCUGUUUGGGGGCAGCUUGCGCGAGAAUCUCGACCCGCGAGGACAUUUUAGUGAUCUGGAGCUGUGGAACUGUCUGGAGAUGGCGCAAUUGAAGGAUAUUGUUGUUGCACUGCCAGCGGGGCUGGAUACGCAAGUUAGCGAAGAUAGGAAUAUUUUUAGCGCCGGCCAACGUCAGCUGUUCUUUUUGGCGCGGGCAUACUUGCGAGGAUCGAUGUGCCUUGUUUUGGAUGAAGCUACGUCUUCACUUGACAGUGAGACGGAGAAACUCGUACUUAAUGCAGCCGGAAGAGCCUUCAAGGGCAGAACGGUGCUCACGAUAGCGCAUCGAUUACACGCGCUGUUCGAUUACGACCGAGUAAUCGUCCUGGAGCAGGGCAGAAUCGUUGAAGACGGGUGCCCCCGGGUGCUGAGGAAGAAAUCGGACUCCAAGUUUGCUACCAUGCUGAAAGCUUCCACGGACUAUCAACAACUGCUUCGUCGGUGCGCUCCGAACUCCACUGAUGCCAGGGAUUAAUUGAGUCGGAAGCCCGAGGGAUACAUCAGCGUCUUCCAGUGAAGCUUAUAUAUUGUUGCGUUCAUA